AUGUUCAAUUCUUCAUUUGGAACUGACAUGUUCAAAUUAUUUCAUUUGAGUUUAAUUAUUGAAAGGAUAAAUGAUUGGGUUUUCAGUGUCAGUAUCAGCCUACAAAAUGGCUAGAUACUUCAGUCAGAGUGAUAUAGACAAGUUCAAGGAGUGCUUCUUUUAUCACGCACGAAAGAGUAUAAAAAAUGAAGAAAAUCUGUCAAUUAUAAUGAGAUCUCUGGGGUAUAGUCCAACCAAAGAAGAAGUAUCAAAGUAUUUUGCAAACUUUGGACCAGAUAUAGAAUUUGCAUCUUUCCUGGAAUGUAUGCAUGACCACAAAGGAGUAGAAAAUCCAGAAAAAGAACUGAUAAAUGCCUUCAAAGCUCACGAUACACAGAGUAAAGGCUAUGUUAAUGCAUCGGAAGUUAGACAUAUCUUAAUGAAUCUUGGAGAAAAACUAACUAACCGAGAAGUUGAAGCUAUGUUACGAGAUGCAGGAACACAGCCAGGUGGACAGAUCAGAUACAAUGAAUUUGUAAAGACAUUGCUAACCCCUGUACCAGAUUAUUAAACCAUAGAACUUAUAUAUGAGAGUCUCAAGUAUGGUCACAUCACAAUGACAUAUUUUGUUUAGAUGGACAUUCACUGUAAAUCAUGCAAAAUAACGUUUCCACAGAUAACAAAUGAAAUUCAAAUCUUGCUUAAUAUUUUAGUGUCUUACUUCUCUUGCCCUAGAAUCUUGAAAAUUAAAAAAAAAAUGAUGUGGCCAUACUUUCCCCCAAAUUACAACAAAAUUUGUAAAAUGCAAGCAUUAUUUGUACACAUCAAUAAUUUUUUUUUAUGAAGCAUACCAUCACAUAAAAAAACUUUCAAUGUGCAAUGAAAAAAGUUCAAAGUUCAUUUAUACAAAGUUAAAAAAACUGUGUUUCUAAAUGUCUAUAAUUGUUUUUUUAUAUAUUAUAUUUCAUUUGUAUUUUAUAGAUUUUUAAGUAACAUAUCACUAUUCAACAUUCCAUGUAUAGCUAAUGCCUUUAGCAGUCAGAGGCAUUACUUAAACAAGUAAAUUUUAAAAUUACUUAUAUAAGUAAUGUUGAAAAGAGGCUAUUUUGAAAAUUACUUAUAUAAGUAACUUUUCUAAAUACUAUUUUUAUAGGUGACCAAUUAUACAAAUUGUACUAGUUUUAACAAAUUUUUACAGUUCUCUGGUUAUUUUUUCCAUGAAAUAUAAAAUCUAAUCCUUUUGAAACACUAAUUGCUUUUCUGACGCACUUAUCUAUGAUAUCGACGCUUCUUGGUCAAAGGUUGGUCUCUUGGGACUAUAAAACUAUCGUUUUCCUUCAAAAUCUUGAAGGUAGACAGAUAUAAAUAGAUAAAAACUUACGAAUUAAUUAAGACUUGAAGUUAUUUAUAAUUUGAAACCUAAAAAAAAUACAUAUGUUCCUUAAAUAAGUGUUAUUACUAAUUCUAUCAAAGAUGUACAAAAUAACUUAUUCAUGUAACAUUUUUGUCAUUAUUUUCAAAGUAACCCUUUAUGUCUAUUCUCCUCUCAAAUCUUACAAAUUCUUAAAUUUAUGAUAUGAUAUGAUGUUAAAAUUCAUGAAAACAACAUUUAGUCCCUGUGUCUAUUGAAAUCAAAAAUAACUCUAUUGAGUAAGUUUAAAUUUUUUAAAACAAAAAUCACCUAUAUAAGUAACUAAAAAAAGUUACUUGUUUGAGUAACGCCCCUGACUGUUUAGACUGGUCAUGUAUAUAAAGUUGUCUUUCAUUUAAUAUGGUUGUGAAAAAAUGUAUAACUGCUUUGCCAUAUCUAAAUUUGUUUCACUAGACUAUCUACCAUUACUUGAGUACAACUGAUGGAUUGUAUGUACAAAAAGGUUAUCUAUAAGCUUUAACUUGAAAUAUCUGUUUAUAAGAUUUAAUACAAUUCUUUAUUUGAAGUGGAUUGCCAAUGUUUUAUUUGCCUUGCAAGGCAGGAAAUUUGAAUUUAGAUGGAACAGUCUAAAAAUGAACCAAAAUUCUAAAAUUUUAAAGAUUUCAGUAUUUAGCAGGACUUAAUGAUGCUAGAACGCGAUAUUUGUGUAUUGUAUUGUCAAAAACAGCUCAUAUUUAUGUAGCAGAAUCCUUUUACUUUCCAAAUAUAGGUUAAAGAUUACAUUUUCACAAUUUUCUAAAACUGCUAUAUUUUAGGGACAAAAAGGGGUCUUACCGAACCUACUCCUUUCCAAUGUUUAUGGUGUUUUUAACCAAUCACAUUGUUUUGUUGUACUGUCAUAAAGUUGUUACCCAGAAUGUUAAAGGUUCUGAAACAGAAAACUACAAAAAGUGUUAAACCGCACUUAUUUGUGUAAAAUUAAUUGAAUAAUAUGUACUUGUCAGUUAUGCUUAUUGUUAUAUUUUAUUGAUAUAUUUCUACAAAGAAUAAAAAGUUGACAUUCA